AAGCGAUGGUUGCAACCCGCCAUGAAACCAGAAGAAGAAGAAGAAGAAGAAGAAGAAGGCUAACUGUCAUUUUACAUCUGCAGUUCAUGUCCGGACCUGUCGAGGAAUCCUGAACCGGUAUGACCGGUUUGCCGAGUGAAGGACAGGUGGUUCUCUGGGGGCUGAUGUUGGUGUGCACAGUCACUACAGGAACCGCCCAGCUGAAAGUCAGCGCUUGUAUCGGAAACAGCGUCCUGCUGCCGUGCAUCUACGACGUGUCCUCUCAACCUGUGUCCGUCUUCUGGAGGGAUGAAGACAACAGAGUGGUGUUGGACAUCAAACAAAACGUCCCAAACAAUUCGACGCAGGACGGGAAGUUCAGCGGUCGAGUGUUCAGUCAUCCGGAGCUGUACAGGAAGGGGAACUUCUCCGUCACCAUGAGGGACGUCUUGCCGUCAGACAGCGGACUGUACGACUGUGUGUUCCCCGCGCUGAGUGACCGGCACAAAGUCUCACUCACCGUCUCAGAACGCUGUGAUAAAGCUGCAGCGACUCCGCCUCCAUCUUCUCCUGCUCCUCCAGGAGCGUCAGGUGGAGGUGCCGCAGUCACACCCACCUGCUUCAUCUUCCUCCUGACUCCUCCUCUUCUUCAUUGUCUGACAGCGAGCUCCUUCCUGUAAGACUGUGGCGGCUAAAACUACUGAAUCGGUCUGGCAGCUUUGAUUUCUCACUGAGGUCACAUCAUAUGAUCACUAAUUAUUCAGACACCUCUUUAACAGUGCUCAUCACUCCAUCACUUCAUCACUCCAUCACUCCAUCACUCCAUCACUUCAUCACUCCAUCACUCCAUCACUUCAUCACUCCAUCACUCCAUCACUUCAUCAGUCGUUAACAGUCGUAUUCUUCCCCACGGCUCUGUCAGCCCGACAGUAUGGAGGACAACAUGUGACUCAUGUGUCUAUAAAUACAGAAAUAAACAAAUGCAUGAAUAAAAAUAAAUACAUUAAAAUGGUUAGAUAAAUAAAUACAUACAAUACCUGCCAACAGCUGAUGUUACAAUACAUGCCAAAAAACUAAAACAUCUUAAUAAUUAAAUGUUGAAAAAUAUACGAUAUGAAAACAUGCAUUGUAAAAGAAAUAUAUGAAUGAAUAAUGUAUAAAUAAAUAUAAAAGUAAAUAAAUAUUGAAUCAAAUAAAUAUAUAAAUAAAUGUUGAAUUAAGUAGUGACAUUUUCUUAUUUUAUCAUUUAUUUCCACUUUAUAAACAGUUAUUUUUAUUUAGUUGUGUGUCUCUGUAUUUGUAGUUAAAGGCCCUGACCUCUGCAUUUAUUUAUUCCUGUAUUUAUUGACACAUUAUUUAUUGCCACGUUUAUGGUCCUCCAUACCUUGUUGUGUUUCUCGGCUCAUUGGCGCCACCUUUUGGUCAGAAACUUCACAGCAGUAGCAGCAGCAGUGGUGGUGAUCCAUCAAACAAAGACAAACGUUCAACUGUCAGUGGAGACUUGACAGAGUUCGGAGACUCUCAGCUGACACCAUGAUGAUGUGAUGUUAUUGAUAUAAAGGAGAAUGGGCCCAAGUGUUCACCAGGCGGAGUCUCACAGACAGUUAUUAAAGUUUCAGCCGUUCAUGUUGCUGCUUUUAUUUCAUCUUUACUUCCUGUUACAGACGUGUUGUUUUUACAUUGUUAAGUUUUAUGAUUAUUUAAAGUGUUUUCUGUCACAGUGAGGAUCCAAGAAGCUUUAUGUUGAGGCUGACAUGUUCAGUCAGGAUAAUGCCCACUUUAUUUAUGUACAAACAUAAAUAUCUACAUCAAAAAUAUUUCAGGAACAACUGCUCUGGAAAAGCUAAGCUAAAUUUGCUCUUUACAUUUUUUUCCUGAGGUUUUUUCCUGUAUUGUUUCAUCUGUGUUGUGGUCUCUCCUAUUUAUUACUUUGUUUACGAUUGUAUAGUGACCUUGAGUGUUUUGAAAGGCGCUUUUCAAAUAAAAUGUAUUAUUAUUAUGAGUAUUACGACGUUUAACAGAUUGAAUGUGGAACAACCAUCUCCAGUUAAAUAGUAAAAACACCUUAACGCACCUUAUCACAGCAGCUUUGUAUUUACAUCACCUUUCAUCACAAAUAUGUUUUUAUUUUGUUUGUUUAAUGUAAUUAGCUGUUAAAAAGUAUUUUAUUGGAUAAAUUACAUCCACAAAAAGCUGAUUAUUAUACUGUGUUCUUCUGUACGGAUGACAGAAGCUGCUAAAAUUAAAGUAAAUAAAUGAAUUAAAAUGUCAUUACAUGUACCAAAAGUUUAUUAGAAAUAAAUAUUAAUUUAUUAAAA